ACAUUCAAACCAGAAGAAAUGAUCAAAAAAGGAAGUAAAGGUUAAUUCUUUUUUCGGCCAGGCGGUGAAACUUGGCUAAUGUAUAUUGAUAAUUGGAAAGUUUACUUAGUAGGUAUCACUUUUAGCCAAAGUUAGUGAGUUGUCGUCCCUUGGACCAAACAUGAAUAAAGCAUUCUUAUGUUUCCUCAUGGAUGCAUUUACAGAUGGAACUGCGUAUACUUCAAUAUUUUUGAGUAAAAGGGACGCUAGUUUAAAACUUGUGAGGGACCAUAUCCCAACAUAUACGAGAUCACUAUUUUGGCGUAACCAUGAAGUGAUAGAUCCCUGCACCUUUUUCGCCUACCAUUUUACGAAUCUUGUUGGGGAGCCGUCCAUGGCGAUAUUGGCGCAGCGCUUCACACCACAUUUUCACCCACAAUUCCCCAGGACCACACCCGAUUUUGACUUGGUUAUGGCUGAAAUAACUUCUUUAUCUUUCUUAAAGACGGAAACCCUUCUGGAGCUAUAGUAAUGUGAAGCAAUGGAGCGAUAAAAGUGGUUGAUGCGAUUGUCACCCAUAAUCUAUAGUUUUCCUCAGAAAAAAAAAUAAA